CAACUGCAUCACCGGCAGCCAUUUUGUUUUAGGUGUUGACUUUUCUCUCUUGACGUCGUGUUUUAAUAUGGCUUAAAACCUCUUGUAUUUUGUUUACUUGCAUAGUUUUACUACUUCAUUUGACAUCUUUUUCGAGUUGAAUUGACAAAAUAUCUUCAAAGUCCUUGUAUCUGCAAAUAUUUUUAGUAAAGCGAGUAGCUGGCUGGCUAACUAGCCUUUUCGAGUAACCUCUUUAGCCAGCCUGCUAGCACAGCGAAUUUGCCCGCAGCAAAAUGGCGACGAACACGACACCGCAGACUCCGACUGCGAACUGGCCAUAUGGGGGCAGUACUGCAACAGAGGCGCCUGUUCAUGAAAACCCUGAGUGGGAGAAAGCGAGACAGGCGCUGGCCUCCAUCAGCAAGAGCCAGAGCACCACCAAGACAUCUGCAAAUAACCACGCCAACACACAGGCUGGACAGUAUCAAGCAGCCGUGAGUGACACUUCUGCAAUGCAGCAGCAACAACAAUCAUACUAUCAGUGGUACCCACAGAACCAGCAACAGUAUGCAGGAUACCCUUACCCCUACAACUACUACUACCACCCAGUGCCUCCGUACGGAGGACCAUACCCCCCUGGUCAAUAUGGCGUUCCCGGAGCCUACCAACAACCGACAACUCCCACUGCACAGCACACUGGCAUGGCUGGAUUGAAGGAGCAGGCUUCUGGUUACCCAUGUGAAGCACAGCCUCCACCUCCUGAUGUCCCCCAGCCUCCCCCACAAAGCCCCACAGGCACUGAACAGCCUCCUCCUCCUCCGCCCCCUCCCAUACCUCCACCUCCCAACUCUCAGUACCCUCCACCCCCUUCCCCAUCCCCCUACAACCCUAAUGGAGCUCUGCCUUAUAGCCCUACUGACUCCAGUCCUGUGAGGACUUACGGUUAUGGGCAGAAUAGACCAGGUUACCAGGGUUUCCAGGCUGUGAGCUACCAAACAUCCCAGCAGCAGCAGGGCACAGCACCAGGCCCGUAUGGAGGAGCAGGUCGGGGGGAUACCACCAAGAAAGCCAGUAAUGCAAAUGUGAACAAAGGCGGGCAGCAGAUGUGGAACCGCAUAAAACAAGCUCCUGGAACUGGAGGUGUGAAGUUUAACAUCCAGAAACGCCCAUAUGUAAUGUCCAGUCAGAAUUUUGGACCUGGUGAGCAGGCAAAUGGAUUGUCUACUUCCACUACAACCACGUCAGCAACUCCUGUGUCUACAAUAACAACAGCUACCACUGCAGGAGCUUCUCAAACUGGGCCUCAAGACUGGCCCCAGGCCAUGAAGGAAUAUGUGCAGCGUUGCUUCGCGGCUUGUGAAACAGAGGAAGACAAAGACAGGACAGAAAAGGUACUAAAGGAAAUUCUACAGAGCAGACUUCAAGAUGGCUCAGCCUUCACCAUUGACUGGACUAGAGAACCUUUGCCAGAGGUGAAACCUAGGCAGUCCCGUUGGGAGGCAGCACCUCAGCGCUCUCAGGAGAACACUAUUGGUCGAGGGGGAGCCACUCGCGGUAGGGGUGGGGCUCGGCUGGGCAACUACAGAAAUGUGUUUUCUCAAAGGAGUCCCUCCUCCAGCUCUUCCCGCUCUUCUUCACGUUCGCCUUCUCCUCAUAGCCGUUACAGAGAAAAAAGCAGACAUCGCCGCAGUGACUCUGGCUCCCAAUCGGACAGCAGCAUGUCAAGUGACCUCCGACCUCUCUCCCGACGGCAGCGAGCCGGGAGAGGUCGUGGAGAAGAGAGGGAAAAAGGGAGAGGCGCCGUAGUAGAAAGAGGCAGGGGGAGAGGAGGAAAAGCAAAUCGGGGGCGAAGGAAUGAUGAUCUGGCUGGUGUAAUUGGUAAAAAGCGGAAGGGUGGAUCAGCAGGCCUGGACUUCCACGACCCAAACCGUGAGGCCAAGAAGCAGAGCCGAGCUGCACGAUUUCACACCAAGCGCACUGAGCCACUCGUACUGAAUAUCAAUGCCAUUGAGCUCCCAAAUGCCUCUCAGGAGGGCCUCAGCUGGGACGAAUGCCCCAUUGUGGGUACCUGCCAGGACAUCACCAAAAACUAUCUGCGUCUGACUUGCGCCCCUGAUCCUUCCACCGUGCGACCUGUGCCCGUAUUGCGCAAGUCUCUGACUGCAGUGAAGGCUCACUGGAAGUCUAAUCAGGAUUACCCGUAUGCCUGUGAACAGAUGAAGUCAAUACGACAAGACCUCACUGUUCAAGGGGUACGAACAGACUUCACAGUGGAGGUCUAUGAAACUCAUGCACGUAUCGCCCUGGAGAAGGGUGACCAUGAGGAGUUUAACCAGUGCCAGACACAGCUGAAGGAGCUGUACAAGGAGUGUCCCUCGAGCAACGUAGGAGAAUUCACUGCCUACAGACUGCUGUACUACAUCUUCACUAAAAACUCCGGAGACUUAACCACCGAGUUGGUGUACCUCACCCCCGAGCUUCGUCAGGAUGAAUGCGUGUCUCAUGCUCUUGCACUCCGUGCCGCCUGGGCGCUUGGAAACUACCAUCGUUUUUUCCUGCUGUACAAGAGAGCGCCACGUAUGGCAGCUUACCUCAUUGACAAAUUUGUAGAGCGUGAGAGGAAGUUAGCACUGAGGGCUAUUCUCAAAACGUUCAGGCCCUCUGUGCCGGUGGAGUAUGUACAGUCCAGUCUGGCCUUCCCUUGUUUAGAUACAUGUUUGACUUUCCUGACAGGGCUCGGAGUUACGUUCAUUCAGUCAGAUCCUAACAAGAUAGAUUGCAAAGCCAGCUCGGCUUGUCUCACCACUUAGUGAAGUGCAAGGGAGGGGUGGGAGAAUUUAAAAGUUGAUAGGAGUGAUGAGGGACCAGAUAUCUGCAUAACACCGCCAGCCUAUCUUAGCUUAGAGAGAUGACAAUUUACAACACUGAUUACACUUAUUUGUAUUUUUAUUACUCUUAUAGAGUGUGACAUACAUACAGAAAUGGACUGUAAAGACAUGCAUUUAAUGACUUCGUGUGAUAGUGACUAGCUGAUCUGCCUAUACUUGAAACCUCAGAGUAUUAACACUGGGAGAGAAGCUGCCUAUAUGACACAAAUCGAUCAUUAAUCAGAGAUAGACCAAGUGCAAUAAAACAUCUGCUCUGUAGUUCAUCUUCGACUCUCAGGCAGAGAGGCUUAGAUAGUUUGAAGAAAGUUUCUGGGUCUCCCGUUUCCCAGGCCUCGCAGAUCGUUUUGAAGCUAAUGGUGUUCUGUGUUCUCAUGUUUUUCUUCCCUCAAGCCAACAGCCUCAAAGCUCAUAUGAAGAGAAUGUCCUGAAAACCAAAGUUGUGAAGACAAAAAGCUGAUUAUGAAACUUCCUGUUUGUCUCAGGACAAAGAUGGCUGCUGCAAGCUCUCUGUUCCAGAUUACAAGAUCCAGUUUUAUUUCCCUAAGUUGUCAUUUUCAUUGGACUUUGUCUUGCACUGAUGAUGGAUGCCAGUCUGGUGAGAAGAUGGUUUGUAUACCUCCAUGUGUGUCUUCUUCCUGUGUCCGUUGUGAGAGCAGCAGAAGAGCUCCAUUAGCGAUAGUGUAAUAUCCUGAGUCUUUCAUCCCAGUAAUUCCAGGUAUGGACUUGAGCAAAAAUGGCCCAUGCAGCAUGUCAAGAUCGUCUCCUACACACACGCAACACACCUUAAUCUGUCCAUCGAGUUCACUGAGCUCCUUCAGCAUCUAGAGAGCAUAGCUCACUGAAAUGGCUACAGUAAGGCAAAGACUCAGUUAAAGGAGAUGCAGAUCUGCAGCAAAAUCUACAGAAUCUAGGACCACAGUAGUUCUGCAGAAGUUCACAGCCUGAGUCUAUGUAGGGCUACUUGCCCAAAUCAGCAGCAGUUUUUCAAUGAAGGUCAAGAUGUCAAGAUCACCUACAGAGAGAUAAUCCAGAGUGCAUCACUUGAAGUGAGAAUGACCACAGCAGCAGUGAAACCUGUAAGGCAGCAGCGGAAGAAAAGUCGCAAGUGCAGCUGUAAUCACCUCAGCUGGAUGAUGCCAUUUUUGGAGCUUUCUUCUCCUGUCUACGUAGGAGCUGAAAGCAUAUGGGUUUGUAUUUGUCCAGAGCCAGAGCGCAUAGUUAUGCGUGGUAAGAAGAAGGGACUUGGCUGGUUAUAUAGAAUGAGAAAUAUUGAUCCAGCAGCAGAUACUGUGAUGUUUUUCAGAUGCCAUAUAUAUCAACGUGAAACAUGCUAUCAUAUGAGUAUGAUCUGAUCCAACUAAUGAGGAAUUUAGCAACAAUAAAUGUUAAAGGUUUCUUUAAUGCUUUUUAAUAAUUAAUGCAGGAUUGUGAGGGAAUAUCAAUCUUUUUAAGCUAAAGAAAAAAGAUUGCAGUUUGAAGGAAAUGUUGAUGCAGGAUUGCUUUGAACACACUCGCCUGUUUUCCAUAAUUUGAUGACAUUUGGUUGUUAAAUCUUUAAAGUUUUUUGGUGAGCUUAGAGUAUUGCUCAGAGGGUUGACAAAAUCUGGCCUAACUAUGGUUUUUCUCUUUUCGUAGUCCAAAAAUUUUGGCCUAGUUGCUGUGUUGGAGCAUAGAGCAGACCUUGGUGUAUUUAGUGUUGAUACUGAGCAGAGAUGUUUAUCAUUGGUGUAUCUUUGAGUUAUCUUCAGGUGAAGCAAUCAUUUGUGUGUAAAUAUUGUACAGAACGCCUUUAUUUGCUGUUUUUGCCCCUGGGAUUAAAUAGGUGAAAUUUCCUGUUUACAAUGGUAAGUGUUAUUGUAAUUCAAACAGUUAAUUUAAAUGGAAGCUUUUUUUUAAAGCCAAAGUUACAUUAAAUUUAAUUUUGUGUAAAGGAAAUACGUAAAAAAUAUAUAGAGAGAAAUUUGAGAGGAUGGUAAAUAUAUCCAUUAAUUUCUUGCUUCUAUGUUGCUGGAGAUAAAAGAUAAAAAGUAGUAUGAACAGAUCUGAGGUAAUGUCAGUUGCUUCUGGGUAAUUAUUAAAACAUCUUUGAUAUUGUAAUGCUCCAGCUUUUUAUUGCACCAAAUCUUUUUUUUUUUUUUUUUUUUUUUUUUUCCCCCUCUUGUGGGUGACUGUAGGUUUUCGUAACAGGUUUUGCUGGUUAUUUUCUUCAUUUUCUUGUUUCCCUGUAUUUCUCAGUGUAAAUGUUUUACAUCCAUAUGCUGUUAUUUUACCUUGCCCCAUUUUCUUGCUUCUUCAACCUAUUGCUUACUCAAUGCCAGUUUCCCUAUGUCCCCCGUCCCCGUCCCCACACACACUGUGUGUGUUUUUUUUGGAGGCUCACAACAAGAGAAAGAUUUGGUUUAAGUACUGUUCCCACACCAGUUAACACCACUGUUAGACUUCUCUGUGCAGUAAUGAUUCUAUGUUUGACUGUUCUCCUCUUUUUUUGGCAUAUUUGGCCCUAUAUAAAAGCAUCAGCCAGGUCGUAUUAACUGGUGUGUUUAAUGUCAGUACUUCUGGGUUUUUUUUUUUUUGGUUUGUUUUUUUUUUUUUAUUUGCUUGUUUGUGAAACAUUUAAAUGCUUAGAUUACAUACGGAUAAGUGAUUACUUGCUGCGUUGCCCUUCCCUUUCUAAGUGUAGCUUCUAUUUGGUUUGUUCUGUAGAAUGUCUCAUUUUCAUCUUAUAUUUUUCUUUCAUUUGAUGUUAAUAACUUAUUGCAAUAUUGAUCACACAGUUUGAUUGUCCUGUGCAGCACUGACCCCAUUCCCUAAUCUCCUCACUUUCUCUCCUUCUCCCAUGCUCUCUUUUUCUCAUUACCAGAUUUCUCUUUUGUCUUUGCAGUCAUGCAUUUUGGAAGCUAAACGAGGGAUGAAAAAUAAGAGAGAAACGUGUAUCCAGAGUUGAACUGGACGCUGGAAAGUGGCCACACCUGACACGAAAAUGUUUGCUAGACCUUAAAUCUAAACCUUACUGAGUCUGUUUGCAAUGUGUAUGCAUUUUUUUUUAAUAUCUGCACAGUCUUUACACUCAAUCACACUGCAAUUUUUUUUCCCCCACUGUUGUCAGUAAAUGUAUUGUCAGGGUUGUUAGGAAGUAAAUUACUAUGUUCAGAUGUGUUUUGUUCCCAUUUUUACAAUAUAUACAUUUUUUAAACACAUCCUGUGACUUUGUACUGCUUCAAGUUCUGUAGCAUCUUUAGCAUUUUUGGUUCUGGCAGCUUAUUUAAUAUUAGGCCGGGAUGCAUGGCACAUCUGAACGUAGCAUUUGCAGAUUUUUUUUUCCCACAACAGGCUGUUUUCAGUUGAAUGUAAAAAAUAUUUUAGCUUAAAUGCUUUAUAUUUGAGAAUUAAUUGUGAAAAAUUAACAGAUUACCCAUGCCUUUUAGAUGAACGAUUCUCUUUUAUUUUGGAUGUUUAUUGUUUUGUGGUAACAGAUGUACUGUAUUUUCCUUGCCUCUUCUAAUGGUCCCAUCCCUCUCUGUAAAUGUUCAUUGUGCUCUCUCUUCCUCUGGUCCUCUUCUGAUUUGACUGCUUCCCACCUCUUUAGUACCAUCGUAAUUGUUUUACUUUAUUUUGAUGCCUUUCCUCUUUGUGAUGUUCACUUCUCUUAUAGGUUGAGUUCUUUAACUACUUUUCAUUCUUUGCUGCUUUCUCUCAACUCCUGUCUCUCUCUCCUCCUUUCUCUUUCUAUUCUUUCCUCUCCUCCCCCAUGUGCUCUAUAAUGAAUAUGUAAGGGUCAUGUAUGUGUGUGUUCUGUGCUUGGCAGUAAGUAUUCCUGGGUCAUCUGAUUGCUUCUCUGCCUUUUCUUACAGCUCAAAAGUUUAACAUCUGAACGUCAGCUUUGAGCUAAAGGACAAUAUAACAAUUUUGCCACUUGUAUAUACUUUAUCUGUACAUAUUGUACUGCUCUUGAAAUAAAUCAGAUAAAUUAGUA